CCUUCUGCCUGGGCACGUCGGGCGCCAAGGCUUAGAUCUUUGGUGCAGAAAUGGCAGCUGCCGUGGCGGAGGUGAGCGCGCAGCUGGGGAAAAGCCUGCUCAAGUUCUGCUCGGGAGACUUGGGGCCUGAGGGCGUUUUGCCAGACACUCACCUCCUGGACCCGCUGCUGCAAGAAGCCUCCACUGCGCCCCUGGCGGAAGCCCCUGGCAAAGGCAUGGACGACAGACUCUUCUAUAUCUACACAUCGGGGACCACGGGGCUGCCCAAGGCUGCCAUUGUGGUGCACAGCAGGUAAGGUGCCCCGUGGGCGGCACCCCAAAUUCUGAGAGCGGUCAGGGCUGUCUCUGCAGAACCACCUGCUCCCCCCAGCUCCUACGGGGUCGUAGGGCACCUUGACUCCAACCCGUUGGAACUCAUGGCCCAUCUUGGGACACUUCUCAGUGUCCGGGACCCUGCUUGCCCCCUCAGUCUUUUCCCAGGAUCAAGCGAGUUAGUAGGACCUGUCUCAGCUUCUCCCACCUGGACCUGCUGCACCCCUUUUUGGGCCUCCUGCUGUCCUCAGUUCUGCCCCCUCAGAAGGUGUUCCAGCCCUUGGCAACCAUAGGAAGGUUUAAAAUCCUACAUCAGGGCCAGCAGGUGGCAUAGAGGUUAACGUGCUAGAUUCCCA